UGGGAAGCACUCGUGUUUGAUCCUUUUGGGCUUUCGUCCCGGAAAUCGGGAGUCCCUGGUAUUGCUGGUGACCUAAAGUAGUGUUCUGGAAUUUCACUCGCGACUGUGUGUGGCGUAAAAUCAUCUGUGACUGGGAUUGGUGUUUUUUUGGGGGAACGAAAGCCGCUGACGGUCAGUGUUGUACUGAGAGAAAAGGGCGGCAGAAAGCUGUGUGUGACCUUCCGGUUUCCGCCUUUUUUCUGGAAAGGAAAGCCGUCGGGUUGGAACGUUUUCCAGAUGGUCCUGUUUGUUGAUUAGGCUCUGGUGAGAAAGUUGAAAAGUGAAGUGGAAGGGCUCGAGCGUACCUGAUAUAAACCUUCGGUGGGAUUUAGCUGAAAGCGGAGCACUUCCGUUUCCUAGAGUUUGAGUUGUUGCGAUUGGUGGUUGAGCCUAAUUAACGUUCGACUGUAAUUUGGAUUGCUAAUUGGAGAGUGCUUCAAAGGGAUAUCAUUCACAAGUGGCUAAGGCCGUAUAAGCCUGAUAGUUCUCUUAUUGCGCGAUAACCCAAAUCACAUUCCAGUGGAAAAGAGGGUGGAAAAUGAAGCAGUUUGAUUAAACAGGAGUGUUUUUGGUGGGUGGUUUGUGUGCAUGUCAUGGGUGAGGUGGUUUAGAGAGAUAAUUUUUCUGGGGUGAGAAUUCUUGAGAGGUGAGAAAAGUGCUUCCCUUCUUGGCGGUGGAUUCGUUCCACGUUCUUUCGAUCGGUCGUAUCGAGGGUGUAAAGUAGGAAGCAUAAAUCUACACGCAUAAAUUAGGCUCCAGCAUAAAGCGGCGCCACGAUAAAUCCAAAUUCUCAACACGAACCGAGAGUUCAAAACUGCCCACGGCUGCAAAGUCCAGAGGGAAAUUUCCCACGAGCGGAAUCGUAAAAAUUGUGGUAAAAGUGAUCCCCCCAUUCCUAGCUCUGUUAAAUCCUACUGAGCGAUUCCCAUAAAGUGACAUGACAUAAAGUGGAGCGUGGCAAGCAUUCAGUGAUAAAAUAGCAAAACAACCUUACGGAAGGCGAAGUUUUGGCAUUAAACGCACCCGAAGAUUGUGCAGAGUUCCAUGAAUUAAAAAAAAUAAAAACAAGUGAAACACUACCACAUGAAGUGGAAUUCCCUCCUAAUUGGAAAAGAAAAUUGCUUUAAAGUGUGGAAAAUCUGUGUAAUACAAAGUGCGAGAAAAUUACGGCGAAUAUAAUACGGUUUAGAGUGGUUAAGCUUCAGCAUCCGAGAAGAGUCAGUGUUUCCAUUUCUCGUCACUUCCUUCCUCAGCAACAAGGAUUAAAAAGAGCGGAUACAACAGAAAAAAGGAAAUACACAAAAUCCAUUUGAACCCGACUACGUGAAGAUAACGUUGCUCCACCCCGUGUGUAAACCAAUUACUGGCCCCUGGAGCUAAAAAUGGAUUAACCAGUGGCACUUUCAGCAGUUCAGCCGUUCACCCAUUCCUGUAGGACUCUCCAACAAGCAGCCAAUCCCUUGCCCGGAAAUGGAGGCAUCGAUUUUCAUCUGAUUUGGUAACAGAACAUGGACACCCGACACAUCUAGAAACUAUGAAGCACAUCGUGGUUGUGAUGGUUUUUCUAAACGUUAAUUACGGCUUCUCAUCCUACUCCCAGUCGGUGGACAUCGAUGAACCGCACACCUACACACCCCCUAAGCACUACUUCCAGACGUCUUCCUUCGACGAGGCCGACCUGGACGAUGACACCGUCAAGAAUCCGCUGGACCGGGGGCCGUACUUCGAUAUCUCGGCAUCGCGCAACGUCACGGCCCUCGUGGGGAAUACGGCCUAUCUGAACUGCCGGGUGCGGAAUCUCGGGAAUCGAACGGUUUCAUGGAUCCGGCAUCGGGAUCUGCACCUGCUGACGGUGGGAAAAGCCACCUACACCUCGGACCAGAGGUAUCAGAGCGUCCACAAUCCGGCACUGGACGAUUGGUCCCUGAAGGUGCUGUAUCCGCAGCCUCGCGAUUCCGGAGUGUACGAGUGCCAGAUAUCUACGACGCCCCCGGUGGGCUACUCCAUGAUGCUGUCCGUGGUCGAACCCAUCACGACGAUAGUGGGCGGUCCGGAUCUGUACAUCGACACCGGAUCGACGGUAAAUCUGACGUGCAUCGUACGGCAUCUGCCAGAACCCCCUCCGGUCAUUCUGUGGACGCACAAUGGCGAGGAAAUCAACUACGACUCGCCGCGUGGUGGCGUCUCGGUGAUAACAGAGAAGGGUGACAUCACGACGUCCUAUCUGCUGAUACAGCGGGCGAAAAGUUCCGAUUCCGGCAAAUAUACGUGCUCGCCCUCGACGGCCAAUCCGAUCACGGUGAAUGUGCACGUGUUGAAUGGGGAACAUCCGGCGGCCAUCCAGAGUGCACACUCGCUGCAGAGCAAUCUCAUCCUGGCCGGCUGCUGCUGUCUAACCCUGCUGUUCCUAGCCUCGGCCCUGACGUCUGGCGAACGCUCGACUGUCAGAUAAAACUGACCAUAAAUCAGGAGAACCCACCCGCCCCGGCAAACUAUACCGCAAACCCACAACCUCCCCAAUCUUUUCCACCCCCCAAAAUACCUCUCUCACGGGUCGAAGUGGUCCAGUGACCAGAACUAGAGCCACUACUAGUCCACCGACUCGGCAAAUCCGGAACCGGAAACAAUACACGACGACGGCGGCGCAAAAAAAAGAUGGCGCUCCUGCUGCAAGGAUCUUCUCAUUCGGUAAGCUCCGGGAAAAAACAAGCAAGCAACCUCACAUACAGACAGACGGACAGUUUUUCGUUUCGGAUGGCCGCAAACACCGGAGGAUGAAGACGAUGAAGAUGAUGAUGAUGAUGACGAGGACAAAUUUUCACUGUUCCAGGAAGCUGACCUAAUCUGAACCAGAUACCAACAACGAGAAGUUGGAAAAUUAGUGAAAAUUAAAACGGUAAAAACUAUCAGUGGAAGUCAUAAUUGGACAAGCGCUCUUCGGGUUUCAAGUGGACUCUUUUUCGCAGCUCUGGUUGUAAAAAUUGUCAGCUUCCAGUUUGACUGUUUGUGACAAUUGGAGAAGAAUCUCGCUCUAAACGUUUGUUCCAAUUCCGGUCUGAAAGGAAUUUCCAAUGUGCAGAGUAUAAAUUUCUAAUGAAAGCAUUCAAAAGAGGAAUAAUAUUUAUUGAAACCAUUUUCAAAAACUACAUUAAAUAAUAAAAUCGGAAUGGAAUCUAUCAAUAAUGAAGCCCCACCUUGGAAUUUAAUGAAGUAUUAUUUGAUCAAGCGGAUUGACAUGUCGAGCAAUUAUUCGUAAACAUAAAAAAAAUCUAGGAAAUUUUUAAAAUUGUCAUUAGUUCGACUAAACGACUCAAUGAGCACAACUUGGAGAAGUUCUUAAAUGGUAUGGACAAGAAUUGUAAAGCAACUAAAGUUUUUAUAAUUAAUUUUUUAUUUGGUAUUCAUGAAGUUAAAAAUAAUAUUUAAAAAAAAACUGAAAGGGCAAAAAAAAAACUCAUAUUUCCUACAAAUAGAAAGAUGAAACAUUGAUUCAAUUGAGAUUUUUUGUUACGGCAGAUAAAUUUGCACUUAUAAUAUGACUUCAAGAAAUUGGGUUUAAAAGUUCUCUAAACAAGUUCUAAAAAAUCGAAGAAAUUUUAUAAUUUUAAUUAUUUUUUCUUGAACAUGUUGGGAAAGCUUCUGAAUCUGAAUUCUGAAUCUGAAUUCUGAAUCUGAAUUCUGAAUCUGAAUUCUGAUUCUGAAUUCUGAAUCUGAAUUCUGAAUCUGAAUUCUGAAUCUAAAUUCUGAAUCUAAAUUCUGAAUCUGAAUUCUUUUUUUUUUUUUUAGGGAUUAACCUUUAGUUUUCACCCUCAGUAUUAAUAUAUCAAUACUGGAUGUUACAGAGUUUCUUAAAUUUGGUCGUACAAUGCACUUUGCUUAAGGAAUUUUAUCACUUUUUUUUUCACUUUCUUUGUUGUUUUUUAACACAUUCACUAGUCCUUCUCCAGCGUCGGGAAAAAUAUUAACUCUUUGCAUGUCGUACUUCCUGCAGUCCACCAAUAAGUGUUUGACUGUUAUUUGAACACCACAUGAUACACACGUUGGGGCUUCAGUUCGUUCCAAUAGGUGUUUAUGGGUGAUCUUGCUGUGUCCGGUCCUCAAUCUUGUUAGAAUUUUC